AUGUAUGGAAUAAACCAGCGCUGUAUUUGCAUAUCAUUUCAUUUUUUCGUGCUGUGGUGCCAAGCUCAGGGGGAGAAUCACCCGUCUCCUAAUUUUAAGCAGUAUGUGAGGGCGCAGGGCGCAGUGACGGACCAGCUGAGCCGCAGACAGGUCAGGGUUUACCAGCUCUACAGCCGCACCAGCGGGAAACAUGUCCAGAUCCAUGGCAAGCGGGUCACCGCCACGGCGGACGACGGAAACGUGUACGCUCGUCUUUUUGUUGAGACAGAUACCUUCGGCAGUCGAGUAAGAAUCAGAGGUGCAGAAAGUGGACACUACCUGUGCAUGAACCGAAAGGGAAAACUUGUUGGAAAGCCCAAUGGCCGGAGCAGGGAUUGUAUCUUUACAGAGAUCGUACUGGAGAACAAUUACACAGCCUUCCAGAAUGCCAAGUAUGAGGGCUGGUAUGUGGCUUUUACCAGGAAAGGGAGGCCCAUCAAAGCCUCCAGGACAAGGGAGAACCAGAGGGAGGUCCAUUUCAUCAAGAGGCUUCACACGGGCCCGCCUCCUUUCCCCAACACGGACCAAAGCAAACACUUUGAGUUCAUCCGAUUUCCGGCCACACGUCGAGCAAAACGGAACAGGAAAUCACGUACCUCUUCCUAA